AUGAACAGAAAGGCGGUGUGCAUCUCGCUUGUGAUCCUCGCGCUUAUGCUGCUCGCCGGCCCAGGCACGAAGGCGGCGGCGCUCUCCGGUGACACUGCCAGCGUCGACGCGGUGCGGCAGCUGAUGGCGACGUCGUCGUCGCCGAUGAGGCUGGGGGACGUCGUGGCGCCGGAGCUGGUGGUGGUAUCCACCGUGGUGGACCUCGGGGUGCACCGGCGCGUCCUCGCCGGCAUCGACCCGGGGCCACUGAACGGCAACAAGCAAGCCUGCAGGCCCAAGUGCGCGCAGCCCGGACAGCCCAACACCGGCCGGAACUGCCUCAAAAUUUACCGGUGCCCAGGAGGAAACUAAGCGGGACAGCACCACGGACGUCGACUCAACCUCCUGGAGCAGCACCGCACCUCGUCCGUCCAUGGGUGCAUGCGCUCGCGUUCCAUCUUCUAUUUGCGUUUCCAUUUUGCGAUUCAGUACGUACCGCGUUCGUCGUUGCUAUAGCUAU